CUCAACUUGGCACAAACUCAUGCACAAGUUGAACUUUCGUACAGCGAGACGCCCGACCAAGAUGCCCGUCCAGUUGUCCCCUCAGCACCAGGAAAUCUAUUUGCAGUAUCUAAGUGCAAAGGAAAAGCAGAGUCCUUCCGAAGUGCCAUUCAAGUAUCUAUAUGAAGCCCGUAAACAUUUGUACAAGCUGAAAAAUGAGCUGGAAAAGGAAGAAGAGUCUGGAUCCAAUUACUCAAAGGAACAGCAGCGUCUAUUACUCGCUGUCUUUGACUACCUAUUGGGCAUAAACCACAUAGAUAGCGAGGAGCUAUCCCCGGGUGAAAAGGCACUCACAGCUAGCUUGGAGGUUCUUAGACCACAUGCUGUCCAACCUCUAUACUGUUCAAUAGUCUUAAACACACUCAAUCAGCUGGGAAUUCUCUGGGCAAAUUGGUCGGAUGCACGUCGUGCGGCAACUUUCUUGGAAAAAGCGGAAGAAUUGUAUCACGCUUAUGCAAAGGCUGUUAAAGAGCCCCCAGUACCAAAUCCAUUCGAUGUAGCGAUCACUCUCACUCCAACAGAGUGCUGGGAUGAACUUGACAAUCUGCACACGCACAGUUUAUACUAUUUGGCGCAGGUUUAUGGAUCUCUGGGUCUGAAGGAUAAGUCUGCCGAGUACUGUCGGAUGACGUUGAUGCGGCAGCUUGGACGCAAAGACCUGAAUCAAUUGACUUGGGCAUUGGACUGCAUGACAUUGUCUCAAUAUUAUACAUCAAUUGGUGCCUUCCCUUUUGCUCAUCAUUGCUUGACGGCUGCUGAAUCUAUGCUUUGGAGCAUGAGUGGCGAUGGUGUGUCGCUUGAUUCGACGGAACAAGCAAGAUCUUUCCAGCGAGCAAAGGCAGAUUUAUCAUGGAUAUGGGGAAAGUUCUACCUCAAUGCCUUGGAGGUGUCGGCCGAACGUCACGUUGAAUCUGACACCACAAUUGAAUCCUCGCUCUCUAUGAGCUUAUGUGGCAUGCCCCUUUUCGACAUCCAGCGGCCUGCCACGCAACCAGUACGACCGGUAGUUCCAUCCGCUUUUGCACAAAGUUAUACCGAAGCACAGCCAUUGUUUCUUGAAGGUUUGCGCUGUCUUGAAGAGGCGAAAAAGUUCUUCGUUAUCGAUGGGUUUGUGACGGAUCAUGUGGGAAUAGUGAAGGACAUGUCUCAACUGUACAAGCACCUUGGCGCUUUCGAGUCAGAUCCUGUACGCCGAAGCGCACUCACCCAGCGCUGUGCCCUGCUGCUUACACCCCUUCUGGAGUCGUUGAAUCCCGCUCAUUUUCUGGACCUUGUGCAAAGCGUUACCUACGAGCUUAGCACGACAUACGAAGCGCUAGUGGACAGCCGACUUGCUGUAUUUGAGAAUGUAGCUGAAGGAUUACCGUACAAGGAGCGAAUCGAGAAAGCGAUAGAUAUCAAUAAGUUAAUUGAGAAAACCAUACAGUACUCCACGGCUUUCAUCACUCUAUAUGCGGAUCCACAAACUAAACUUCUACCAGAACCUUUUGACGAUGCAGACGAUGCGCGUGCUGUUAUGACCGCGACAUGGCGCAUGGCACGGCUCUGGGCGCGUAAGAUCCCGGUUCCGGAAAGCGAAGCGGAAGCUGAUGAAAAUCAUCUGAGGGGUCUUAAAGCUACAUAUCUCAGGAACAGCUUGGUCGCAUACACCCAAAUCACAGCGUACUAUACACAGUUUGGCAUAUCUGGGUUUGAAGACGAGAUGGAAGUCAUUAAAGCCAUGUGUGACUUGCUACCGCGGCACAUCUCUGAGGUUGAAAAGCCAGUGUCAUGAUAUUCAAGAGCUUUCGUACUUGUGGUCUCUCGUCUGCUGAAGGGAAAACCGAAACCCCCGCCUUCGUAGGUAGGCACCUAACCGGUUAGAACAUACGAAAAUCUUCUGGGCAAAUAUGGAAGGAACUAUCGAAGUGAUUGGGACUGGUGGCGCCGCUUCUUUGGGGCGGGACUAUAGAUAGUAGGCUUAACUGCAUGAUCUGAACACACAGCGGACACAACGGACAAAAAAUAGAAUGCCAUGAGAAUCUCUGCCAGGCAUACUUUUCUUAUACAAUCUGGAAAGACGGAUAAACAGAAGGGGCAG